AUGGACGGGGCGGCAACUGACGGCCCAGCCGGCGGCUUACCUGAAGAGGAUGUGCCAGCAGUCACCCCCCGCGCGCGGGUGGAUAAGAGGGCACUCGGAGAUGCCUCUGGCAAUCCAAUCAAAUCUGGUGACGAUGUUGUCAAGAUGGACAAGGUUGAGACGCAGGAGCAUCAGAGAGAUGAAAGAGACGCGACACCGGCCAAGCCAAAGGCAGCAGAAUCGACGGCCACGUCGACGAAACGAGAGUCGCAACUGCCAGUGACACCACAGGCCGGCAAACCGCUGUACCGAGUCGGACUCAGCAAGCGUUCGAGGAUUGCGCCUCUGCUGAAGUCGCUCCGGAAGACAUGA